AGUUGAUCUGCGUUGGUGGAAACGGACCUAAGGGCCAAUUUCACCAACCACGGUUAGAUUAACCGACGGUUAAAGUUAGUAGGGUGACCAACAGACACAUAUUUUCUCGUAACCUCUUGGCUCUAACCUGAAAUUUGUGGGAAGCAAUAAACAGUGUAUUAUACAUGUGAAAAAAAGUUUAAAAGAUUAAAACAUGCAAAGGCAAAAGAAUUUUUCUGGUGCAGAUAAAGAAUCUUUAUUAGAUUUAAUAUUUUUACAACGUGAUGUCAUUGAAAACAAAGAAACUGAUCGUUCAACACUUGUAAAAAAGGAUGAAGUAUGGGUUGAUAUUACCAACAAAUAUAAUGCAAACACAACAAUUAAAAGAUCAGAAAAAGCUUUACGUUACUGUUGGGAUAAUCUGAAAAAAGCAGCAAGAAAAUAUUGUGCAACUUUGAAGCGUGAAAGUUAUAAGACAGGUGGAGGAAUAGUAAAUAUACCAGAAAAUCUUUUGUUAAAACGUGUUAAUGAAAUAAUGGGCGAAACAGCAGUAUAUGGAUUAGAAAAUCCUUUUGAUUCUGAUGCCACAAAUAAAGAAAAUAUAACUAUUGAACCUAACAUUGUGGAAAUAGAUGAUGAUGAAAAUGAUAGAGAAGUAUUUACGUAUUUAAUGAAAGAAAAACAAAUUAAUAACUGGAAAUCUUGGGACCCACAAAAAUUAAAAUCAAAACUAAGUUCUCCAUUGAAAGAUGAAGACAUGCAAACAUCAUCAUCGGAUAAUUCAUAUAAAAAAAUAAAAUAUAGCGGUCAGAGUUCAAAGAAAACAUUAGAUGAAGUAAAGACUGAGUUAGCAAAUACUCUGAAAAUGAAUGUAGAGGAAAAGAAUGAGUAUGAGAAACAAAUAUUAGAAGCUAAAUUAGAGAAAGAAAAACUUAAAAUCGAACUAUUAAAAAUAUUUAUUGAAAAAGAAAAAGGAACAAAAGAAACAGUAGAAGGAAAAUGGGGUAUUUUUACAUUAUAA